UGAUCUUUCGGUCUAAUUUAUUGCCUACAAGAGGGUCAGUAGUGAAGGGGGACCUGAUGGACGGGCGGCAGUGACGGGACGGGACGGGACGGGCUGGGCUACCCGCGGCAGUGGCGUGAGGCGGCCCCGUGUUCCUGCAUCAUCGGCGCCGGACUCACCGAGGGGCUUCGCACGGCACCGAUUCACCUUGUUGAUUCCGAGCGGAGGGCGGCUGGGAGGGAGGCCUCCGACACUCCGUGCAGGCACACGUAGGCAGACCCGCACAGAGGUGGUUACAAGCCAGGGGAAACAGGCGCACACAGACACCCACAGACACACAGACACCCACAGACACACAGAGGCGCACACAGACACACAGAGGCGCACACAGACACCCACAGACACACAGAGGCACCGACAGGCCCAGAGAGAGAGACACACACACACACAGGUACAGACAGAAAUACACACACAGGCAGAUACAGACACACAGGCAUGGGCAUGUAAACCUUGACACAGGCACUGUGUCACACACAUUUAUACACAGACACAAUAACAAACACACACACAGGCCAACACACUGUCACAGUAACACAGCCACACACACACAGUCGCACACCCACUGACACAAUCACACACACACCGUCCGACACAUACACACAAUCAGACACCAAGAGAGAUGGACAGGCAGCCAGAUAGAUGCACAUGAAGCUACCUCGACAGUCACAGAAACAGAGACAUACACAGCCAAACAGGCAGAGAAGUAUAUAGCUUAGGACGAGCACACAAACAUAAAUUGAGACACGUAGAGGCGGGCGCACAUUGAAUCACACUCUCAAAAUGGACAAAUAGCAAAUUAGAAAGGAGUUUUUUUUUACUCCGUUGAGUAACUGCCAGUCAGGAGGCAUAAAGGACUGGCGUCAGGCAGAUGCUUAAUUACUAGGCGGCAGCAGCAUCACUGACAGUCUGCAGCUCUGUCAACAUGAAAAAAAUCUGGGCAAAGAAACGACUUCAGACUCGGAGGAAUGUGGUGAAGAGGAGGCAUUUGAAGCACAGAAGACGGAACCCUCCGAGGAACACCAGGGCCCUCAGAGUGCUGUCCGAAGAGUGCCUGCAGGGACCUCUGUGAGGACACGCUGGUCAGGAGUCACCUUGAAGACAGCCUUGACCCUGGCCUCAGGUGGGAGUCGAUGGCACAGGCGCAGGGCACCCAUCCCGGAAGUCCCAGAGCGGGGGGACUCCCGCCGGCCAGUCCCAAAGCCCCACGGGUGGGCCAGGCCCUGCAGACCACCCCUCUUACCCCGCGGCGCAAGCUCAGCACCCCGGUGGAGUACAGUGACACCGUCCCCGCCGAGUUCCAGGACAAGGUCAAGAAGCCGAAGAUGGAGGACGAGCCGGGAGGGGAGAGCUUGGGGGGUGUCUCGCCCGUGCACUCCCGCUCGGGCUCCAAGGAGAGGGUGAGGUACCUGGAGACCUUCCCGGAACGCCGGAGGAGCUUCGACCUGUCGGACGGGCAAGCCUGGCCCGGCUUCCGCAAGUCCCGCUCGUUUGACCACGCGGACGCCCGGGAUGGCCGGCGGCGGACAUCAUUCUCCGACCUGUUGGAGGCUGAGGGCCGAGGGGCGGAGCAGAGGCGCUCCCUCUUCAGGCAGAAGGCGGCCUCCUUCGACGAGCGGGGCCGGUACGCCCACCGGGCGCGCGACCUGGAGCUGAAGAUCUCCGAGGAGCUCAGACGCAUCAAGAAGACGGCCAUGAGCUCGCCGGCCAAGCCAAUGCUGAGGUCCCCCGUGCUUGAGCGGGCCGUGAACCGGGAGCUCUCCUCCCGCAAGGCCGCCGCUGCCGCUCAGCAGCCGGAGCUCCCGUCGCUGGCCCCCCUCCCGUGGCUGAAUCCCCAGAGACCGCAAGCGGCGCCUGUCCCCCCCUCCGUCCCCCGUAAGCCUCUCCAGAGGGGACUGGCCACAGCCAGCGGCGAGGGCGAGCGCCCGGAGCCCACCGGGGAAGCUCGGUACUUGGCCGCCAAUCACCUCAACCGAUCGCCAGCCGGAACCGGGAGACGGGAGCAGCAGGCAGAACUCCUUCCCAUUUCCAGCCCGGCGCCGCAAGUCCCAGAUCAAUCCCCCUCGCCCUUCGUGGUGGAGAAGAUCAAGAAGGUCACCUUGAGCUCUGAGACCCAUUCGCCAAUCACAGUUGCCAGUCUGAGCAAGCUUGAGGUGAUUGGAGGCUCCGGUCGCCAAGGCAAGCCAUCAUCUCCUGUCUCCAAGGACGUGUCCAAGGAUGGGCCGGAUCGGCUGGGGGGUGCCAUCUCGGGCUUGGGUCUUCAGGAGAGUGGUCCGAGGCUUGGCAUCACACCCCUCAGUCCCGCGGUUCCCCUCAGCACACAGGGACGUGUGGACCCGAGAGCCGUUGGGGAGAAAGAAGAUCCUGAAAAAGAGGGUGUGAGGGAAGAGACCAAAGUCCCAGCGAUGGAGAAAUCAACCCGCAAAGCUUCCAGAGGGAGAUCCAAGAAAUCUCGCCCCGUAUCACCAGAACUGGAAUCCUCAGACGACUCCUAUGUCUCGGCUGGUGAAGACCCCUUGGAGCCACCGGUGUUUGAGAUCGCCAUCACUGACACAGUGGUCACAGUGGGAUCCGGAGUGCUCCUGAAAUGUAUCAUCACCGGAACCCCCUUGCCUGAAGUGACCUGGAAGAAAGAUGGGGAAAUCCUGAAAACCAGCCAGACGCACAUCCUGAAAGCGGAAGGGGAGAGACAUACCCUCUUCAUCCCCUCGGCUAGUACUCUAGACGGUGGCCUGUAUUCUGUCAGCGCAGCCAAUGAAGUCGGCCUGUCCAGUUGUUGUGCCUCAGUCCAGGUUCGGGCAGAUUCUGCCGCAGAUCCUCGUUCGCAAGCCGUCCCAACCGAGCUCUACAGUCCCAUCACCUCGGACGAAGAGUACCUCAGCCCCUUAGAGGAACCCGGUGACCUAACCUACAAAGGCAAGCAAGCCCUGAAGCUGCCAGAGGUUCGUGAGCAGCGGAGUGCGGACGAGCGGCAAACUGUCAUCAAAAGCCACUUCAAAGCGCCGCCCACCUUCGAGGUGCCCCUGAGCAACCAGACUGCAGUGGAAGGAGAGAACAUCAGUUUAACCGUGCGUGUGCGGGGUGAACCAAAACCCAUCAUUUAUUGGCUGCGGAACCGGGAGCCAGUGAAAAGUGACAGUCGCCACUACGUGCUGGAGGGAGAGAGCGGCCGUUUCCACCUGAACAUCAUGGCCGUGCAGAGGUCCGACUCCGGAAUGUACUCCUGCAAAGCCAUUAACGAGUACGGCACAAAGCAAUGCAGCAGCAAGCUGGAGGUCAAAGGCCAGCGUGACGUGCAGGUGCUGGCGAUCGUGGCCCCCGCUCGGGACAUCACGGUGAACGCUGGCGAGUCAGCCUUCUUCGAGUGCGAGGUGCGCGGUCCCCCCGACAUCGACGUCGACUGGCUGACCAACGGGAAGCUGGUCCAGCCAGCCCUCCUCAACUGCAAGAUGCACUUCGACGGCAAGAAGUGCAAGCUGCUUCUCAAGUCGGUGCACGAGGACGACACAGGGGUGUACACCUGCAAGCUCAGCACAGUGACAGAUGAGAAGACGUGCAGUGCCCAGCUGACAGUGCUGCCCUCCGUCCCUCCUCUCUUCACCAGGAAGCUGGAAGACAUCUUCGUGAUUGAGGGCAGGACCGCCCACCUCGACGUGAAAGUGAGCGGGACCCCUGCCCCCACCGUCACCUGGAUGCAUUUCGGAGAGAAGGUGGUGGAGACGGACGAGGUGCGGAUCGUGAGGGAUCAGGGGCUGCACUCGCUUCUCAUCAUGCACGCGGUGUCCGAGAAUGAAGGGGAGUACUCCGCCAUUGCCCAGAACGUUCACGGGGACGCCUUCUGCUCAGCGGAGCUGUACAUCGAGGAGCAGCGGCCAGUCAUCUCCUCACCAAUGGCCAAGCUGGAGAAGAUGCCGUCCAUUCCCGAGGAGCCGGAGAUCCCGGAGAACGAGCUGGAGCGCUUCACCAUGCCGGACUUCAUCAAGUCCAUCCAGAACGUGGAUGUGACAGAGGGAAAGGACGCGGUGCUGGAGUGCCAGGUGAUGGGGCUGCCCUACCCCACCAUCAGCUGGUACCACAACGGCCAGAAGCUGCAGAGCACAGAGGACAGGAGGAUGACGCAGUAUAAAGACAUCCAUCGCCUGGUCAUUCGCUGCGUAGACCAUUCACACGCGGGCGUUUACAAAAGUGUCAUAGCAAACAAGGUGGGGAAGGCCACUUGUUACGCCCACAUCUACGUGUCUGAUGUGGUCCCUGACCCUCCCAACGGGCCGCCAGUGGUGGUCGGACUGACCGGUCGCACUGUCACCCUUCAGUGGAACAAACCGAAGAAACUUGACCCCUCAAUAGAUCCUACCACCCUGACAUACGUCAUUCAAAGCCAGGUGCUGGGAACAGCUCAGUGGCACAUCCUGAAAACCAACAUCAGGGACACCACCUUCACUAUUCAGUCACUGAACAAAGGCAUCCAGUACCUGUUUAGGAUCCAGAGCGCGACGUCCAAAAGCUGCAGCAAACCGUCCCCAGUAUCGGAGCCUGCCAAACUACUGGACAGAGGCCCCUAUCUGGAGGAGGCUCCCUGCAUCAUAGAUAAGCCAGACGUUGUGUUUGCUGUGGAGAACCAGAGCACCUGUAUUAUCUGUACGCUGAACUACGUGCAGGCAGAUGUCACCUGGACCAGGAAUGGAGUGGAACUGACCAACAGACCCCGGGUGUACGAGCUGAGUAUGAGCGAUGAUGACCAGCACAUGCUGAAGAUCGUGAAGGUCAGCAGGGCUGAUGUGGGGGAGCUGGUGGUCUCGGCCAGCAACCAGCACGGGGAGGACACCUGCCGUAUCCUCCUCCACCUGGCAGAGGCACCACGGUUCGAAUCGAUCAUGGAAGACAUGGUGGUGAGGCCAGAGGAGACAGCCAGGCUCGCUGUGGUGGUGGAAGGGAAGCCACUGCCAGAUAUUCACUGGUACAAAGAUGACACCAAGUUGGUGGAGAGCAACCACCUGUCGUUUGUGUAUGAUGACAGCGAGUGUUCUCUGGUGAUCCUGAACACCACCGCGUCUGACAGCGGAGUCUACACCUGCACGGCCAGGAACCUGGCCGGAGAGGUUUCGUGCAAGGCGGAGCUGACCGUGCAGAAGGGAAAAUCAGAGAGUGACGAGCAAAUGGACGAUGAGGAGACAAUCUUGCGUAAGAUGAGACUGCUGACUGACUACUAUGAUGUGCACCAAGAGAUAGGCCGCGGUGCGUUUUCCUGCGUGAAGCAAGUCACAGAGAAGAGUAGUAACCUCGACUAUGCAGCCAAGCUGAUCUCCUUCCGCGCCACUCCUCGGGAGGACGCGAUUCGGGAGCUCGAGAUCCUGUCCCAGCUCGACCACGAGAGAGUCGUCUACUUCCACGAUGCGUUCGAGAAGAAGAACAGCGUCACCAUUAUCCUAGAACUCUGUGCUCAGGAGGAACUGUUCGAUCGGUUGAUCAGGAAGCCUGUUGUUUUGGAAACCGAGGUGAGGCUCUACAUCCGACAGAUCCUGGAGGGCAUCAGCUACCUGCACCAGAACAACAUCCUUCACCUGGACAUCAAGCCCGAUAAUAUCCUCAUGGCCGACCUGGCCAGCGAGAACAUCCGGAUCUGUGACUUCGGGAAUGCUCGGGAGUUCACUCCGGACACGCCGCAGUACUGUCUGUUCGGAACGCCGGAGUACGUCUCGCCGGAGAUCGUGAAUCAGACGCCAGUCUCUCAGGGCACCGACAUCUGGCCCGUGGGAGUCAUCGCCUACAUUGGGCUAACUGGGAUCUCCCCAUUCGCCGGAGAGAACGACAGGUCCACAUUGUUCAACGUGAAGAACUACGACGUGGCCUUCGAGGAGAAGAUGUUCACAAACCUGAGCCGGGAAUCGAAGGGCUUCGUCACCAGGCUGCUGGUGGAGGACAAGCACCGGCCUUCGGCGGACAACUGCCUCCAGCACGCCUGGUUUUCAAGCAUCUUCACGGUGAAGGGGAAGGUGAUCAGCACUGACCAUCUGAAGGCUUUGGUUUCCCGCAGGAAGUGGCAGCGUUCCCUCACCAGCUACAAGUCCUCCAUGGUGCUGAGGUCCAUUCCUGAGCUGCUGGCCGACUCCUCUGGCCACGUCAGCCUGGGCCUGCCUCGCCAGCUCCGGGACCCCCGCCUCUCCUCGUCUUCUGACUCGGACGACAUCGACGAGUUCCCGCUGCUGCCGAUGCCCGUGCAGGCGGAACCCCGGGCGGCCCGGCUCCCUCUGCACCAGCUCCGGGGCCUGGAGGAGGAGGGGGAGCGGACUGGCCUGGAGGGAGAGGAGUCGUCCCCGCGGGACCCAGCGGCUGGGCCGAGCGAAGGGGAGCCGGGCCGAGGCGGCGGCGGUGACGUAGCAGCGAGGAAGAGGCCCUCGGAGGGCGGCCCGGCCGACUCCUCGGAUGGGGAGCCGCCAGAGAAGCCGGGGGUGGCGGCGGCAGCGGCAGCGCGCCGAGGCCUGAGCGCCGAGGCCCCUGACUGGCCCAGGCCCCCCCGCAGGAGGGGAGAGUUCCGCCGGGGCAGCUCGGCCGACUCGGCCCUGGCCCUGCUGGGGGCCGAGGAGGACAGGAGCCUGGAGCCCGAGGCCGGGCCUGGAGGGCCACCGGCUUUGAGAGCGGGCAGCCUGAAGAAAUCGGUGUCCAUGGAGCUGCCACGCCGGAGCCCCAGCCCCGGGUCCCGGAGGCCUGAGGAGGCAGCGGGCGGGAGGCGCCGGGGGGCCUCAGGCCCCGAGGACUACAGCCUGAAGCUCGAGUUGCUGCGGCAACGGCUGCUGCGGGGUGGCUCGGUGGACAACAAGAUGAGCGGCCUGCGUGGCCCUCUGCUGGAACGUCUGGGCCUCCCCGACGGCGACCCCAGGGGCACGGGCCCGCCCACCCUCGAGCGCCAGGCCCUGAGGCCUCCCAGGCCGGACAAGGGGGCCGGCUCACAGCCUCGCCUGGCCCGGGCCGCCUCCAGCGAGGCUGCCCCCAGCCAGGAGGAGCCGGAGCGCCGGGCCCUGCGCAAGACCGCCUCCUUCUCGCAGGCCGAGCCCCCCACCCUGCACCGGCGGCUCGGCGCUCCGCUGGAGAUCCCCCUGCACCCAGUUGCGCCCCGGGGCGCCAGCCCUGAGCCCCAGUUCCCGCUCAGAGAGUCGCCUUCCCUCUCCGCCCUGAGCGAGCCGCUGCCCAGAGCCGGGCCCGACGCCUCUAGGCCUCCCACCCCGGCCCGGACUGCCAGGCCAGCCGAGCUGUCUCCAAGGCCCGUCACGCCUCAGAUUCAAGUAGUGCCCGCUGCCCCUGAGGUGGACGGGCCCUGCACCAGGGUCAUGAUAGGAAAGACCGCGGUCGUCACCCACAGCAACCUGUCACCAGAGCCCAAGCCCGAGCCUUUACCCCAGGCCAGGCCCAAGCCAAUAACCCAGGCCCUCCCUGAGCCUCCCUUAACCCAGACCCAGCCCAAGCUAUUACCCCAGGCCAGGCCCGAGCCCUCCUUAACCCGAGCCAGGCCUGAACCAUUACCCCAGGCCAGGCCUGAGCCUCCCUUAACCCAGGCCCGGCCUGAGCCUUCCUUAACCCAGGCCAGACCCGUGCCAACUUUACCCCAGGCCACACCCGAGCCUUCCUUCACCCAGGCCAGGCCUGAGAAGUCCCGGCCCCUCAGCGCAGAUAAACCCCCUGCCUCGGCAACAGACAAGGAAGCACUUGAAGGAACAGGCCAGGCACCAGAGCCAGCGGCUGACCGGCCCGACUGCCGGAGGCCCGAGCCAGAGAAGGAUCGACAGCUGCCUUCCGCCCCCCAGCCCCCCGCCCGUCGGGCUCGUCCCGUCAGACCGGUCCUUGCUCCUUCCCCGGACGAGACCGCCAUCACCCCGCCUCCAGGCUUCCGCUCGACGGAUCUGGAAGGCGGUCAUGAAGGGGAGCGGCAGCCCGAUGCGUUGGCCGGGCCCUGGGACUCUGGCCGGGAGCUCCCCAGGCAGGAGGAGGGAGCCUCCACAGGCACAGAGGGCGGUCCGAGUGGGGAGGGGCGCCCGGCGAAGGUGAAGGUGAAGGCCUCCAGCGUGGCCCAGUGCCUGAACAUCGAGAACAUCGAGUCCGAGGAGGUGUUCGAGGCCAGGUUCAAGAGGAGCAGGGAGUCCUCCCUGAGCCGGAGUCUGAAACACUUGAUGAGGCCAAAAUCCGAGGAGAAGGUGGAGCAGUUGGCCCAGGCCGCAGACAGGGUGUACCGGCCCGGGCCUUCGGGGGAGCCCCUGCAGCUGGUGAAGGCGCAGGAGCCGCUGGUGAACUACGGGGAGGGCAGGUCCAGGUCCGAGCAGAACAUUCCAGAAGCCUCGAAGGAUUCCAGUUUCAUCAGGAAGCUGUCGCUGCGGUUGAAGGGGACGCCGGCUGGCGAGGGCAAGGAGGAGAGGCCGAGAGAGGGCGGCCCGCGCAAGCUGUCCUGGUCCCUGGGCAGAGGGAGCGGGAAGGAGAGGAGGGAGGAGGAGAGGGAGGAGGCGGCGGGAGAAGGCGCCGAGCCCGAGGGGGUCAGGAAGCAGCCCAAGAGCUCGCCGGGGGUGGCGGUGCGGAGGAAGAUCGAGUCGACCAUCUCGGGCAUCUCCCUGCGCUUUGGGCGCAGCCAGUCGGAGGAGAGGAUGCAGGAGGUCCCCACACAAGCCAACGUCCCCGUCCAGCAGGAGGCCAAAGAGGGCAAGCGGCCCUUCCUGUCCCUGCUGAGGCGCUCUACCUCGGAGGCGGGUUCCCUGAAGAAGGUGGGCGUCCCUCAGAACCAGCUGGCCACCCAAGCCCGCUCUGCACCCUCCUCCGAGUCACUGCAGUCAGACACCAGCCUGUCCACCAAGCAGGAGAGAGCGUCUGUACAUGGAGAACGAAAGUCCCGGUGGGAUCGAUGGGGAUUCUCACGAAUGAGAAGAGAUAAAGCAAUAUCACAACCCAAUAUCUCGCUCGCUGUAGCCUCUGAGGACAGCCCGGCCGUCUACCACAGGAGUGCCUCAGAUUUCCCACCCAUCUUCCACGUGAAACUGAAAGACCAGAUGCUGCUGGAAGGUGACCCCCUGACCCUCUGCAGUUUACCAGCAGGAAGCCCAACACCCAUUAUCACCUGGGUGAAAGAUCAGAGGCCCCUGCUGUCCGACGAUCGGGUGAAGGUCGUCUCGUGUGCCGAUGGACGGCAGUUGGUGACCAUCCUGAAGACCUCAAGGAAGGACAUUGGCGUCUACGAGUGCAUGGCCACCAACCCCCUGGGCACGGCCACCAGCUCCUGCAUCGUGUCCCUUGCACGUCUCCCCGGGCAACCAGGACCCCCUGAGAUCCCCCAGAAGUACAUGAACACGGCACUGGUCCUCUGGAAGCCCGCCGAGUCACCUGGUCCCUGCAGCUACACUCUGGAGAAGAAACUCGAAGGAGAGGAGAAGUGGACAGUGAUGGCCACCGGGAUCUCCGACUGCUUCUUCAAUGCCACCGAGCUGAGCGAGGGCACGCUCACGUUCCGAGUCGCCUGUGUUAACAAAGCCGGGCAAGGGCCCUACAGCCAAAGCUCAGAGAUGAUCGUCAUUGGGGACGAGAAACCGGGUGCGAGAGAACCAGAGCUGGCACCUGCACCAACAGCAGCUCCCACCAUCUCUCCGGUGCCCGUGUACCCUGCCAAGGUGACGCCAGGACUCACGGUGACAACUCCCGCCGCCAGCCCCUCGACCUCUGCGCCGGCAAAGACAACAGCUCCAGCCCCAUCUCACUUCUCCACCAGCCUCACCACCACCGUGACUCCUGUCCCAGCAAAGGCGCCGGCUCCCGCCCCAUCAAAGGUCCCCGCCGCCUCCACCACAGCCCCACCCGUCUCCCCCGCCUCGCCUGCCGUCUCACCGCUCCCGACGCCCUCGGUCGCCCCCGCCCCAUCUCCCAGCGUCUCCCCAGUGGGACCGAAGUUAUCAGUGUCGCCGUCCAGGCUCUCCCCCACCUCCAAACCGGCUGACGGGUCUGGCACAGGACUGAGGCAUGGAGUCCCACAGAAGCCAUACACCUUCAUGGAAGAAAAAGCCAGAGGGCGUUUUGGCGUGGUCCGAGAGUGUAAAGAAAACGCCACGGGGAAGAUUUUCAUGGCCAAGAUUGUCUAUUACGAAGGAGAGAACAAGCAGGCUGUCCUGCAGGAGUACGAGGUCCUAAAAGCCCUCCACCACGAGAAGGUCAUGUGUCUCCAUGAAGCCUACGUCACUCCUCGAUACCUGGUCCUCAUCUCAGAAAACUGCUUGGGAAAGGAGAUCCUGUACAGUCUGAUUGACAGGUUUCGGUACUCGGAGGAUGACGUGGUGGGAUACAUCCUGCAAAUCCUACAGGGCCUGGAGUACCUGCACAGCCGGCACAUUGUCCACCUGGACAUCAAGCCCGACAACGUCAUCGUCACCUUCCUCAACAUCGUCAAGCUGGUGGACUUCGGCAGCGCCCACUUCUUCAACCCGAUCGUGCCCAAGGCGCUGGGCCACCGCGCGGGCACGCUGGAAUAUAUGUCUCCUGAAAUGAUGAAGGGCGACCCCAUCGGACCACCGGCUGAUAUCUGGGGUCUGGGCGUGCUGAUUUACAUCAUGCUGAGUGGACGAUCACCCUUUGCCGCGUCUGACCCAGAGGAGACAGAGAACAGAAUCAAGUCGGCACAGUUCGACCUCACAAAGUGCUACCCCAAUGCGUCACAGAAUGCCGCACACUUCCUCAAACGGGUGCUCUGCAUGUUUCCAGCGUCGCGUCCCACGGUGAAGGAGUGCCACGCCAACCCCUGGCUGCAGGACAACUACUUGAUGAAGCUACGGCGCCAGACCCUGACCUUCACCACCACCCGCCUGAAGGAGUUCCUGGUGCACCACCAGCGCAAGAGGGCCGAGUCCCUGACCAGGCACCGCGUCCUCCUCCGCACCUACAGCGGUGUCUCCUCCCGGCCCGGCACCCCGGGCAGCAGUCCGGCUGCCCAGUGACCCCCCCCUCCGCCCCCCCCAACACCCAGCGGGGCAGGGUGACGGAACAUUCCAGUCAGUGUGCAUCGGAACACCCAAACCUCCUGCCCCACCUCUCCCAGUGACGGACCCUCGGGGAGAGUUGGCGAGCAAGAACUGAACCACUGGCACCCAGGGCUGGUGGGGGUUGGGGUGGGGAAGGCGGGGGGGUUGUUAAAUGAAUGUAAUUUUUGCCCCUGGCGACAGAAUAAGGAAGCCCCCCCCCACCCCUGCGCACUCGCCUGCCCCUCGGAAGCCGUGGGCAACAGUGGGCUUGCGAAGUCAGCGUAGGGCUGUGGGUGGGGUGUGGAGGUGGUCUUGGGUGGGGGAGAUUUGGGGAGUGGUGGGGGGUGUGGAGAACAGCCAACAGCAGCAGCACCUUGCCCGUACCUCCACCCUCCUCGCCCCACCCCCGCCCACCACCCUCCCCGCCAACCCCCCCUCCCCGCUCCUCAACCCCCACCCUGAGCCACUCAGAAAGAGCUGAGAGGCGGGGCUGGGCUUGGAGGCGAUGGGUCAAAUGGUCCUGCGCCCUGGGUUGCUUGGACUGUGUCCAGGAGGUGGGGGUGUUGGUCCCUGGAGACACAGCACAGAAGCGUGAGGGCUCAGCUUUCAGUCGAACACCCUGUAGCAAGAUCUUCACUCAGCCUUGUUGUCCACUCCCCCUCAUCCCCCUCACCUUCCCUUCCUCUCCGUCCCUGGGAGACUGCUCAGCCCUGUCGAGGUGUAGCAAUGGUGUCGAGGGGGCGGAGAUGGCCAAGAGGGUCCGACAUUUCAGGCACUGAAGGUCCAGGGGACAGAGAUCAGAGCCAAGCCCUCGUCCUGCACUGAGAGACCCCUUGGCGGGGGAAGUCUCUGUCUUGCCACCAGGAAGACGAUGAGCUCAAGAGGUGGGGUCUGAGCCAGGGUUUGGGUCCAGACUCGCUCGAGGGAGCAUCGGCAAACGCACACUGGGGUUUCUGCAUUCAUUUUUAUACUUGUGCAUACACGUCAGGGUGAAGCGUGCAUCACACACACACACACACACUGGUGCACAACCCACGCGUGCGCAUGCACCUUGCUUUAAAUAAUGCAGUGAAUUAUUGCACAGCACAAGAGCUAAGAAGCAAAAAAACAAGAGGGGAGAUCCCUUUCAUGUCUGUGUAUUUAGAUCAUACUAAGCUCCAGCAAUUAGUAAGGCAAACUUUAGAUCUCUUUGUUCGAGGUUCUGCUGGAAGACAAGAGUUAAAUGCCAGUGGCUUGCACCAAUCACUUAGGCCCUGCUUUGUAUCACCAGUGAAUCCAAAGCUUUCACCUUUCAGCAGGAUUAGCAGAGGGAAGCAGCAGGGAGGGCGGAGAGAGACAGGCUGGGGUAGGAGACCAGUCCACGGGGUGAUAAACUGCCUCUCCCCAGCCAGCCCAGCACGAACCAGGGCCCACUCACGGGGAGCGGGAAGUGGACACAUCACUGAAGAUUGACCCAAGGGAUAUUUCAGGCUGGCCUUUGAGGAACAGACAGCAGGAGGGGAGUGGUGUGGGAAGGAAUCCCCAAGCCCCGGCUCCCAGCAGGAGAAAUGGAGGCAGGAGAAGGCCAUUUGGCCCCUCGAGCCUGCCCCUGCCAUUCAAUAUGUUGGUUGAUCUUUUACCUCCGAGCCUACGUUAUUGCACUAACCCCUUAUCCCUCAGCUCCCUGAACUUCCAACGCUCUAUCCGUCCCAGAACGAAUGGGCUCAUUGGGAGAACCAGUGAGGGGAGAGUUUAAAACUGAGCAUGACUACACGGGGACCUGUGGAGACUGGUGCAGGGCUGCGAGAGGUUGGAGAGAGGAGACGUGGCCAUCCUGAGGACCUUCCUGAGGUCCUGUCCCCGUUAGGAGUGAGACGUUGCUGGGGGCUGUCCCCUCCUGAACCGUCUGUGGUGAAACCAAAAUGGCCCUUUAAUUGGGUUAGUUCAUCCAACUUUCGCCUCACUCAGCAUUGCCCUCAUCCACAAUCAAUGCCCCCUCCUUCCCCCACCAGCUCCCUGGGCACUCUCAGCCCCUGCCCCAGUCUCUCCCUGUCGACCUCGCCUGUCAGCAACCUUCCCAACCUCCUCCCUCCCCUUCACCACUCACCUCCUCCUACCCCCUCUUUCCACUAAUCUCUCCUCUCCCCACCCUCCUUCCCUGCAGCCUCCUCCCCUCUGCCUCAGCUCCUCCUGCCCCCUUCCUCCUAACCCUCUCCUCUCCCUGAUACCAUGCCCUCUCAAUGCUCUCUCUCCCUCCCUCUCUCUCUCUCACUCUCUCUCUCACUCUCUCCUCUCUCACUCCCUCUUUUCCCCCUCCUCCUCCUCAGGAACAAACCUCCCAAAGUGACCUGACUCAACUCCAAAAGAUCACAGGGUCACUGUUCAGCAAUAUUACCAUCAAGUUGGUUCCAGUUCCCACCUCCAAACAUUUCUCCUUCCCUUCAAAUCCACUUCUGAGAUUCCUUACAUCCAUUUCUGUCACCCUGACAGAGAUUUGCUCACAGUGCCGACAUUCAGUGUCCUGUACCUCCUCAUUUUUGUUCUCAAAGCCUUUCUUUCUGCUUUUAUUUCCCUCUCUCUCUCUAUCUCUCUCUGACCCUGUUUCACCAUCUCCCCCUUCUCUCUCUCUCUCUCUCUGUCAUUCUCCUACCCCAUCCCUUACCCUGUUUCUCUCCCUAUCUCUCAUCCGUCUCCCCCCGCCCCCCUCACCUUCUCGCCAUCUCCUCCUCUCUCCCGUGGAUGGAGUGAACUGUGGAGGGGAAACAGAACACUGACACAAGAUGAAAGACCCAGAGCCCUUGAUCAGGAUUUAAGUUUACGCAAAUCACAAACUAAGUGCUCAAACGAUUAAGGUGUAGAGGGUAAGUUAGCAUUUCUUGCAAGGGGUUUGGAUUUCAACAGUGAGGAAACCUACUACAAUUAUCCCAGGUUGGGAUGAGACCAGACCUGACCACACUGUGUGCAAUUUUGUUCUUCACUCUGAAGGAAGGUUACACAGUAGAGUGAGUGCAAUGUAGGUUCCGUUUAUUGGUAUCUGAGAUGAGUGUUGUCCAUUGGGAGAGAUUAGCAUUGGCCUAUUGUUGCUGAAGGUUAGAAGAAUGAGGGGCCAUAUUAUUGGGCUGUGGAGAGUUAUGGCCUGUCCCUGCAGAGGAUUCCCCUGGCCAGGGGGUUCAGAACAGCAAGCUGGUCUCGGGAAAUGGGUGGGCCACCUGGGACGGAAGAAACUUCCUCUCAAGAGGUUCGUAAAUCUGAGGAAUUCUCUCUCCCAGAGAGCUGCGGCGGUUCUGAGGUGGUUCGGUUGCCAAGAGAUUGUGGCAGAAAGUGAGGCUGGGUCAGGGAGGCUCGAGGGGCUCCAGCUUCUUGUGGCCUUCUGUUUCCCUCCUCCUCCAACACUCUGUCCACCUCCCUGUUUCCUUCACCCUUACAGACCCUUUGUCCCUCUGCCUCCCUCAUUCACCCUCUCUCUAUCCUCCCCUCUCUCUACUCUCACUGUGUACCCCUCUCUCCUCUGUCCCCUUCUGACCCUCUCACUCUCUCACCCCUCUCUCACUCUGAGCCUCUCACUCUGACCUACUCUCUCCUUCUGCUCCCUUUCACUCCCUGACCCCCCCUUCACUCCCUGACCCCCCCUCCCUUUCUGCCCCCUCGCUCACUCUCUGAUCCCCUCACCCCCUCUCUGACCCCCCCGUCUCACCUUCCACAUCUCUGCCUCUCCCCUCUGACCUCCUCCCUGACCCCCCCUUCACCAUCUGACCCUUUCUCACCCUCUGCCCCCCUCUCUCACCCUCCGAUCCCUCCCUCGCCCUCAGACACCCUGUCUCUCUGCCCCCCUUUCUCAUGUUCUGCUUCUCUCUCUCUCUUUCCUCGCUCUCUGCACCCCCAUCUCUCCCCCUCGGACCCCCUUUACCCUUCUCUCACCCCCUCCCCCUCUCAAGAUCAAGUUUUGAUCUGCCUCCCCUCCCCCCCAGUUACCCUCCCACAUGGAGAGACUCCCCACUACCUCUGCCCCUCUCCCCCUCACACACUGCCUUACCCUCCAGUGCCUCCCCUCCCACAGCUACCCCCAGACCACCCCUUGGACAGGAGACCCAUGGAAAGACUCGUCCAUUAAAGACCCCAAAUCUUCACACGAACCACAGCAAGAGCAAGCAAAAGGUGGUGUUCAAAGUGGAAAUGAUCAACAGGCUGCUGAAGCGGAUGGUGUCGGAUCCUUGGGAAUACCGGUGUACAUGUGGAGACUGGCGGGUGUGGGAUCCGUGUUUCCCACGUCAGCCCCGUGCUCUGGAGAUGCACGGGUGAUGCUGUCUUCAAAAAGCCCUGUCAAUGUGAUGAUGGGGAUGCGAUGUAGACUUUCUCACUGGACACAGGUGGUUUUCAAUGAGUGUGUAAUCUCUGGGAACGGAUGAAGCAGGCGUAGUGUGUCCGGGUUUGAUGGCUGCAGUUAGUUCUGGCGAGCAGCAGUGGCAUGGCAGCUGAGAAAUAAAGACAGCCAGAAACCG